GUAGAGUCACUCACUCGACCACAGCGACCCAAAUCCUUUUCCCUCCUGAUUCACCAAAAAGCACAACAAAAAUCCAAGUAUCAACCACAACCCUUGAUUCUUCUUUUCCUCAAUCACACUCUCAUACCACAACACACUCUUCAAGUUUCAUUUUUUCCCUCAAAAUUUGCCAUGAUUUGAUCCAUCUCAAGUCACAACACCUCACACACCUAAAUGGGGUUUCCCAGAAAGUCCUUGUUCCUCCUCUUGUUCCUGGUUUUGUUCACAAAUCUUGAGCCAUCCCAACUUGCUGAAUCUGCUUCUGAUUUCACCACCUUGGUCUACAAGGGUUGUUCAAAGGAAACUUUUACAGAUCCAAAUGGGGUAUAUUCUCAAGCCCUUUCUGCACUCUUUGGCUCAUUGGUUUCGCAAUCCACCAAAGGCAAGUUUUUUAAGGCCACCACUGGCAGUGGCCAAACCACCAUCACCGGGCUCUUCCAAUGCAGAGGGGAUCUCACAAACUCUGAUUGCUACAACUGUGUCAGCAGGCUCCCAGUUCUCUCUGACAAGCUUUGUGGCAAGACCAUAGCUGCAAGGGUCCAGUUACUAGGUUGUUACAUGCUGUACGAGGUUGCUGGGUUUGCACAAAUCUCUGGGAUGCAAAUUCUUUACAAGACUUGUGGGGUAACCAAUGCAGCUGGAAGUGGGUUUGAGGAGAGAAGAGACACUGCAUUCUCUGUGAUGGAAAAUGGGGUGGUUUCUGGACAUGGCUUUUAUGCCACCAGCUACCAGUCUUUGUAUGUGAUGGGACAGUGUGAGGGAGAUGUUAGCGAUUCAGAUUGUGGGGAUUGUGUGAAGAGUGCUGUGCAGAGAGCUCAGGUUGAAUGUGGCAGUUCCAUUUCAGGCCAAGUCUAUUUGCACAAGUGCUUCAUUAGUUAUAGUUACUACCCGAACGGGGUUCCAAGAGGACACUCUUCAUCUGCAGCAUCUUCCUCUUCUUCUUACUCCUCUUCUUCUUCUGGGCAAAAUACAGGAAAGACAGUGGCUAUAAUAUUAGGAGGGGCAGCUGGGGUGGCGUUUUUGGUUAUAUGUUUGCUAUUUGCUAGGAGUUUGAUGAAGAAACAUGAUGGUAGAUUAUUGACAGUAGAAGAUGGCUGGCUGAGGAGGCACAAAUCUUCAUGCAGUGGAUUGUUUCUAUAUAUAUAGCUUUUGGAUGAAAGAGAUGGAAAACUUCUGGUAAUUAGACUUCAGCAGAUAGAGAAGGAAUCUAGGACGGUUUAAUGUGGGGACUACUAAUUGUUGUAGGUAGGUAAGAAGAUUUUGUUGUGAAGAAGGUGUAAUUAGCUCAUGAAAGUGAGGAAUUUUUUACAGCACAAGAGAAAACAAAUAUACCUAG